AAUAUAUGAUAGAGCAGUUAGAAAAUAAUGUGAAGUCAAAAGCAAUAAAAUGAUAUGAGGGACGCAAUAAACGCUUCAUGAUGAUUUUGUAAAAUCGAAGAGUGUAUCGAUUUGAAAGUGUAUCGUGUUCGUGUUGUGUUUUCUGUGUAGUGUUUCUGUGACAAUAAUGAGUUCAGAAUUGAUUCUAGGUGUACGUUUAGAUCCUCAAACAUUAACUACCAUUAAAUUAAAUGAUAUUAAUUUUAAGACAAAGGUUGAAAAACUGAAAUAUGAAACAGCUGGAAGGGUUAACCUAUCAAAAGAUUUAUUUGAAUUAAUUUAUUGUGGAUGUGUCCUUGAGGAUGAUAUGACUCUAGAAUCGUAUGGUUUGAAAAAUGGUUCAAUGGUACAUGUUUUAAGAAGAAGGGAACCAGAACUGCCAUCAUUUCCUAAAUGCAUAUCAGAAGACGGAAUUUUACAACUAGUAUCUGCAUUUAAGUCUUUUAAAGAAAAUCCUGGGCUUCGAAGUGCUUUAAAUCGCAUAGGUAAGAAACCAGAAGUUAUGGACAAUAUCAUUUCAUCUUCUCCUGGAUUACACGAAGAUACAGUAGCAAUUGCAAUUUUACAAGACCCUGAUUUAAUGUCAUAUUUCACAGAUGUUGAUACUGUUAGAAGAUUUGCAGAAGCACAUCCAGUCUUGGUGGAAGCUGCUCAAAAUAUAGCUGCAGCUGUUCAUGCUGAAGCACAUAACAACGUAACUGUUGGCUCCAAUUCUUCACUAUCUAAUUCACAGCCUGCCGCUUAUUCUUAUAGUUUAGACAAUUUAAGUGGUGAUGAAGAAAUGGCAGGAGAUUCUUCUCAGUCUUCAGAUUCUACACAAACACCAAAUUUAUCUUCUAAUCCAACAAACUCCGUUACUGUUGCACAACUUGCAGCAGCAGUUUCUAGAGCAAGAGCUGGAAGUUUUCCCCUCUCCAAUCCUGCUUCUUCCACUUCAGCUGGCAGCACGAAUUCUGGAAUAAUAACUACGGAAAUGUUUACACAAGCUAUGCAGCAAGUUCAUUCACCGUCCGUUUUACCACGCUCUUCGGAUUUACGACGAAUGUUAGCGCAAAUGCAUGAACUAGGAUUGCAAAAUGAUACAUUAAAUCUUCGAGCAUUACAUCUCACAAAUCAUGAUGUAAUAGCAGCAAUUGAACUUGUGUUCAGUGGAUUUAGCAACAAUUAAGUUUAUAAAAUUAGAAUCACCAGUGCCCUCAUUUGAACAUUAUAUACAAAAAUAUAACGGUAUGUCUUAUUUUUAUGCAUUAAACUGAAUGAUCUUUAUGAAAUUUAAAAAAUGGAAAUUUCCUUUAAUUUCAAAAGAACUUCAAUCAUUGUAAUUUCUCUGGUUUUAAAAACAACUGUUGAAAAUCUAUAAACAAAAUUUUCGAGCUAGAUAUAUAAGAUAAAACUUUUAUGUUAAAAUAAGAAAAAAGAAUUAUAAUCUGUUUAUAUACUUUUGAUAAUAUUAAUAAUUAUAUUUUAUACAAUUUUGUUAAUGUACAUAAAACCGACAAAUAUAAAGAAGUAAUAAAAUUGAAUACUUAGUAA